AUGGCGGUGCUACUAUCUUGUGCCGCUGGCACCCCACGGCGUUGCCGCAACUGCGGGUCAAAUCCGGUUCCAUACCCAUUAAGCACGGGACCCGACUGUGGCCAUCCGAUGUACAGUAUGAAGUGCACAAAAGGCAAGUUGUGGUUUGACGAUCUCAGUGGAUCAUCUUACAUGAUAAAGUCCAUCAAUCCGGUGACUCGCCGGAUCAUUAUACGACCCGCAAGCAUCUCCCCGUGGACGUGUGUGUCCGGCGACUUCCGCAACGAAGGCAUACAACUGAACAAAGCCCUUCCUUUUAAAAUGACCGGCGAUAAUACCGUCUUUCUGUACAACUGUACGAACGCGAUGCCGAGAUCAAAACCACCGUUGGACUGUUCACCGAAUGAUCUGUGUCAUAGCUACAUUAAGGAUCAUGCAGACGGCGGCGGCGCGUGCAAAAACGCAGGGUUAUGUUGCAGCUUCAGGACCGUUAAGCCCUUCUCGGAGUACAUGAUAAGGGUGCAUGAAGGAGACUGUGCUGCAUAUCAGAGUUUUGUAAAUCUCAAUGUGGCGGUGGCUCCGCCGCCGAAUAGGUGGCCGGAGCUGGGAAUAGAGUUGGAGUGGGAAAUACCGGUGGAGCCCGUUUGCAAGGGCCCGAAGGAUUGCAAGGAGCUGUUGAACUCCAAAUGCUUGAAGGAUCCGACCAAUGCUCGGCGAAUGAAGUGCCUUUGCAAUGCUGGCUUCAAGUGGGACCCUAGCAAUGGACUGUGCAAACCAUGCAAGCCUGGUCAUGGUGAGAAGAAGAAGGCCACGCCCCUCGCUGGUUCUUUGGGGGCAAUAGUAUUCAUUGCACUGGUAGUGAGCAUUUUUCUAUACAAGAAGUAUGACAAGUCAAAGAAACAAGCCGAAAGGAAGUUAACGAAGCAAAAAGAACGAAUCUUAAACGCAAAAGCCAACUGUGGAUUAUCGGCCAGGAUCUUCACAAUGAGAGAGAUCAAGAAGGCAACCAACAAUUUCUCCAAAGACAACCUCAUCAGCACCGGCGGCUUCGGCGAGGUCUUCAAAGGGACCUUCGAUGACGGAACCGUCGUAGCCAUUAAACGAGCCAAGCUCGGCAACACCAAAGCCCUCGACCAAAUCCUCAACGAGGUUCGAAUCCUCUGCCAAGUCAACCACCGUAACCUCGUCCGCCUCCUCGGUUGUUGUGUCGAACUAGACUACCAACCCCUCCAGGGACGCUUCGACCACCUCCACACGCACCGUUUUGAUCCCCCUCUCCAGUGGCUUCACAGGCUCAAAGUCGCUCACCAAACAGCUCAGGCUCUUUACUAUCUUCACUCCUCUGCAUUGCCUCCCAUAUACCAUAGGGACGUAAAAUCAAGCAAUAUACUGUUAGAUGAUAAGCUUGAUGCCAAAGUUUCAGACUUUGGGCUGUCUAGGCUUGUUGAGAUAGCUGAGGCAAAUAAGAGCCACAUCUUCACCAGUGCACAGGGGACCUUAGGGUACCUUGACCCUGAGUAUUAUCGGAAUUUUCAGCUUACUGAUAAGAGUGAUGUGUAUAGCUUUGGGGUGGUUUUGUUGGAGAUUCUGACGCGUGAGAAGGCGAUUGAUUUUAACAGGGAAGAGGAGAAUGUGAACUUGGUGGUUUAUGGGAAGAAGAUGAUAAAGGAAGAGAGGUUUCUGGACAUGGUGGAUCCGGUGUUGACGGACGGAGCGACCAACUUGGAGUUGGAGACGAUGAAGUCUCUGGGGUUUCUUGCAGUGGCUUGCUUGGAUGAGCAGAGGCAUAAUCGGCCUCCCAUGAAGGAAGUUUCCGACGAGAUUGAGUACCUUAUUAGUAUUCUUACCAGUGAUGUCCCCAAAACGUAG